CCCCAAAUCCACGAAUUUACUCUCUCCGAAGCUGAGAUUUUUCUCGGGUUCUGCUCUUGCUUGGGGGACGCAAAAUCCCUCAAGCUGGCGAAUCCGGCGCGUCCAUGGACCAGCCCGAGAGCUCUGUCUCCCACGCCGCGGCCCAGACGGGGCCGACCCCACGCCGCCUCGGCGCGCGCAGCCUCGUCGACCGGGACGAGCUCGUGCGGGUCAUCGCGCAGUCGCUCUACUCCCUCGGCUACCCCAAGGCGGCCGCCGCGCUGGAGGCCGAGUCCGGCGUGCCGCUCUACCCGCCGGAGCACGACCGCCUCCUGCUCGACGUAAUGUCUGGCCGAUGGGACGCGUGCGCUGCGACCAUUGACUCGCUCGCCGGCGUUAGCGAGAGGAACCGGGCGGUUGCCGAGUUCUUGGUGUGGAGAGGGCACUUCUUGGAGUUGCUGGGUACCGGGGACGAUGGCGUGCGUCUUGCAACGGAGGUGCUCUGGCGCCGGAUCGCUCCCCUUGGCAUCAACAGGAAAUGCGUGCACUGGCUGGCGCGCGCAAUGGUCUCGUGUGAGGGGGCGGUUCCGCCGGAGGCUGUUGCUGAAUGGAGGAUCGGGCUUUUCUUGGAUUUGGUUGAGGCAUUGCCGCCUUGGUUCCGGGUGCCAAGCGGGCGGCUUGAGCAUUUGGUGGAGACCGCCGUUAUUCAGCAGGUUGCUUCCUGUAUAUAUCAUAACCUGCCGGAUGAGGUCACUCUAUUUGAGGAUCACAAUUGCCACGACGAGCAGGUCCCUUCUGACUGCACGCAGAUAUUGUGUGCUCAUAAAAAUGAAGUUUGGUUUGUAAAGUUCUCAAAUGAUGGAAACUACCUUGCAUCAUCUUCAAGUGAUUGUACGGCCAUCAUAUGGAAGGUUGCAGAAGAUGAUACAUUGACCAAGAAGUACUGCCUAGAGGGUCACAAAAGUCCAAUAUCUUUUGUUGCCUGGAGUCCAAAUGACAAAAUGCUGCUCACUUGUGGUAAUGGGGAAUCAUUAAAACUGUGGAAUAUGGAUACUGGUGAAUGCAAUCUUAAAUUUGGGGCUUCAGUUGACCACAUCAUCUCUUCGUGUGCAUGGUUUCCAAAUUCAGAGAAAAUAGUAUGUGCGAGCUCUGAACCUGAAAGUUCUCCAAAUAUGAUCUUCACUUGUGACCUAGAAGGUCGAGAACUGGAAAUGUGGGCUGGUGAGAGAAUACCUAAAGUCAGUGAUCUUGCUGUGACACCUGAUGGCCAAAAUCUAAUUUGUGUAUGUCCGAAUGAAAUCUGGAUCCGAGAACUUCGGAAGGGGCGGGAAUGGAAAAUUCCUGAACGGCAGACAAUUUCAUCUCUUUCUCUUUCAGGUGAUGGACAGUCAAUGAUUGUCAACCUUAAUAGCCAGGAAAUUCAUCUGUGGAAAACCAAUGGAAGUUCUAGUGACCCAGAUAAAUUCAAGGGGCACAAGCAAGGAAAAUUUGUUAUUAGAUCUUGCUUUGGGGGAUCAGACUCUCUGUUCAUUGCUAGUGGCAGUGAGGAUUCACAGAGAUAUUACAUCAAACCUGAUACUGAAUGUGAAACAAUCGGAGCAGGUGUACAUUUGGCAAAGAUGCAUGGAGAUGCCAAUAAAGGUCCUAUAUGGGCACUCAAUGACUGUAAAUUGUGUAAGCUGGAACCCUAAGAGGCCCCAGAUGUUGGCCUCCGCAAGUGAUGAUCGUACAGUUCGAAUAUGGCUAGCGCGCAAAACUCACACUUUGACUUGAAAAGUUUAUGUAUGUCUCCCUGUAAAUAGUUGUACAUUUGACUGUAUGCACAAACUAGUUCAGGAUCUUUUUCCCUCCUACUUGAGAAUUAAACUUUGAGCAGCCAUAGAUAUACUGGUUGAAGUUUUGCCCGACACAACCCUGUAAAGAACCGCAGUUGCAUCAGACGAGUGUUCUUAUGUCAUGGACUAUGGUUGCCUAAUAUUCGUCAAAUCUGGUCAGUAGUUCCUUUC